GCGCGGCGGCCCCUCCCCGUCGGGGCAGCGGGCAGCGUGCCCGCACUGCCUCGGGAUCGUCUGCGGAGCGUCCCGGGAUGCUCCAGUUACUUUUACGCUGGGUGUUCCCCAUCGCUGCGAAGCAUUUUUUUCCGGCAUCUGGGAAGGACCAAGCUCUUCCCCCAGCUCGAAGUUAAUCAUCUGUUUGCAAUUAACCUGUGACCUCCCACGCCCGCGGCGCGGAGCAGCGCUGCAGCUUUAACGCGGGCUGGGAGCGGGAGGGGGGCAGCAGUGCCAGGUCCCGGAGCUGUCGCAGAUCCCUCGCCCUGCCUGCCAUGGAGAGCCGCAGCCUCCUCGCCGCCUUCCUGGCCGCUGCGCUCACCGCCCUCCUGCCGCUUCCCGCCGCCUCCUCGGCCCACCGCAAGCUCCUGGUGUUCCUGCUCGACGGCUUUCGCUUCGACUACAUUGAUGACAGCGAGCUAGAGGGUCUGCCGGGCUUUCGGGACAUUGUGAACAUGGGGGUGAAGGUGGAUUACAUGACCCCAGACUUCCCCAGCCUCUCUUACCCAAAUUACUACACACUGAUGACGGGUCGCCACUGCGAGGUCCAUCAGAUGACUGGAAACUACAUGUGGGACCAGAAGGCAAAUGUAUCAUUUGAUAUUGGUGUGAAUAAAGAAAGCCUGCUGCCUCUCUGGUGGAAUGGAUCAGAGCCUUUGUGGGUCACAAUGAUGAAAGCUAAAAAGAAUGUUUCCAUGUACUACUGGCCAGGUUGUGAGGUCGAAAUCCUUGGAGUCAGACCAAGUUACUGCCGCGAGUACUUCAGUGUCCCAACAGACAAAAACUUCGCAGACGCCACCAGCGAUGCCCUUGAGUCUCUGUGCAACAACAGCGCCGAGAUGGCCGCAGUGUACUAUGAGCGCAUUGACGUGGAAGGCCACCACUACGGCCCGUCGUCCCAGCAGCGGAAGAAAGCUUUGAAGGAAGUGGACAAAGCCUUGAGCAACAUGAUCUCACUCAUCAAGAGCAAAGGCCUUCAGAAUGAUAUCAAUGUCCUCCUCUUCUCUGAUCAUGGGAUGACGGACAUCUCUUGGGCAGAUAAAGUGAUUGAGCUGAAAAAAUAUAUCAAUAUGAGUGAUACCAUACAAAUGAAAGACCGAGGUCCUGUUGUGAGCCUCUGGCCAGCUCCAGAGAAGCAUGCAGAGAUAUAUCAAAAAUUGAAAGCUGUGGAACACAUGGAUGUUUAUAACAUACAGGAUAUUCCAAACAGGUUUUUCUACAAAAAAGGAAAAUUUGUGUCUCCACUAACUCUUGUGGCUGAAGAAGGAUGGUUCAUAGUAGAGAGCAGGGACAAGCUGCCCUACUGGGAGAAUGGGACGGGGAGGAAGGAAGCCUGGCAGAAUGGUUGGCAUGGCUACGACAAUGAGCUCAUGGACAUGAGAGGCUUCUUCCUCGCAUAUGGACCAGAUUUCCGAUCCAACUACCGAGCGCCUCCCAUCAGAUCUGUGGAUGUUUACAACAUCAUGUGCAGCCUGGCAGGAGUACAGCCACUGCCCAACAAUGGCUCCUGGUCCAGGGUGGAGUGCAUGCUCCGAAACACAGCCACCCUGGCACCACUCCCACCAUGCAGCAGCUGUGUCCUGACACUGGCUCUGCUCUCCCUGUUCACCAGGCAGAUCUCCUUACUGUGAUCCCUGAACAAUGUCAGUCAGUGUCACCAGCAACUCCAUCCUUCUCUGUUUGUUUUUUUAAAGUUCUUCAUUUGAAUAACAGCUUCAUUAAUAGAGUGCUGUCCCCUACUCCUCCAUUGUGCUCCACCAGGCAUGAAUCUGACCCAUCCUGCAUUUACAAUGGUUUUAACAUGAAGCCAGGUUUUGUGCUGUUCCAAACACAGCUAGGGACAGUGGGGUCACCCACCUAGAUUUACAGCACUGCCAGUGAGGGCAGAAUCCUGGCUGGGUAUCCACAAAGUUUUCUGGUGGGUGCACAUGGGGAUCUGUGAGCAUCAAACACGCCUCGCCCCAGCAUCUUUCACUGAGGAGCUCACUCUGGUUUGCCAUACUGAGAAGUUCAGGAGUGGAGGCCAACCUCUCUGCAUUUAGCUGGGAUCAUCCUGGUUCAUUCCUACAUCUCCAGCUCCACCAGCAGCAGAGCCCCAUCUUCUCCUUACAGCAUCAGCCAAGCCCCAUCUAUACAGACACAGUCUUUAAAGAGCCAGGAGCUUUGCUGAGGGACCAUAAUGCUGAGAGAAGUGGGUCAGCAGGAGAGCAGUGAAAGCAUCAUAGUUCUCUCAGCUUUUCCUUUAUUUUCACCAGCAUGAGUACUGGCUCUGCCCAUUUCCAGGGCCAGGCUUUCCUCACAGACCACAGUGGAAGGGAAGGCUGGGAAAGAAGAAAGUGACACAAAUCUUCCACUUCAAAGCCAAUGGAAAAAUGAACAGACAUCUGGACACACAAGGGUCAGGAGAACAUAGGAUGAGGAAGCCUGGCAUUUAACAGCCUCUCUGCUUUUCCUGGUGAAGAUAAUAUCCUCUGAUCAUAUUUUGAUGUUUUAUACCCAAUUGAAUUUCUAUAGUUUUUUCAACAUUUACUGCUCUUCUAUCAGAUUUUGUUCUCUAUACCUCUGCCUGGUGAUCAGCAGAUGCCUUUAUUCUGCAGCAGGGAGAUGUACAGAUACAUCUCCCACCCUUCCAGCUAAUCCUGGUGAUUUUUUUCCACCAUGGGCUAUCAAGCACAAGUCAAGUUGUAAGAGCAAAGUUAAAUUAAACAGCAAGAGAGGAUAGAGCUGUUGCCAGAGGUGCCUUCAGGGUGCACAGCGCUUUAUCUGACAUACCUCUGAACCAGGAGCUUUCAGCAACAAACUGCCUUUGGAAGGACUGAGAUCCCUUCCCACGCAAAACAAACCUCUAGAACUUACUACUCCUCUGGAUCCAGAGACAAGCACGAUCCCGGUAUGUGUGCUACAGUGCAUUUAAGGGUGAAUGACUACACUGUGGGGGAAAAAAAACAAACACCAAAUUGAACUUGACAAAAGACUUCUGUAAUAGCUGUAAAGAUUUAUGUAAUGUGUUAUUAAAGCUCAAGUGAACCAUCAAAUCAGUUGGAGAAAAAUGGAAAAAAUCAGGCUUUGUUAUUAGACUGUUGAGUAUAAAAGGCAAUUUAGUGCUUUCGAAGCAUUUGCAGUAGCUGUAAAACAAGCACCUAUUGUUCAGAGUUCCCUGUUGCUCUUUAAUGGACCAGGCUCAAUGAAAUCACUGGAGCACAUUUUUAAAGGAAAAAAAAAUUUUAAAAAUUUAAAAAAAGUUAAAAAAUAAAAGUCAGCACACAAGAUAACUAAAUUGCCAAGUUUUGUCUGAAAAUCAUCAGGAUAGAUGCCAUCAGUGCCUGCUAACCCUUCCACAAUGUGUCAGUUUAAGUCUUACCAGUGAGCAGAAGCAAAGGUCUUCUUACAGAAUAAAUGUUUCUAAAGGUAUAAGGGUAAAAGUAUUCAGCUCCUCAGUUAUACAAACAGAAACUGAAAAUAACAAAUUUGGUCCCUUGAUUGUUCCACGGAUGGGGUAUGACAAAUGAAAUCAAAACUGAUCCUUGUGAGUACUUGUGUAACUCAUUUUUGUCAGUGUUCACAUGCAAAUACUGAAAAGCAAAUCCAAUUGCAAUAUGAUUUGUUUGCCCUUUAUGCAAGAAUUGUGUGUAUGGUAAAAGAUACUUGGUCUGUAAAAGCAAAAUUUGAUGGCAGACCUUCAAGAAGCUCACUAGCUUCAGGCGAACUACAGCUCAUUAUUUUUUGGAAAGUGCAUCUUUCUUCUUCAGAAAUGUCAUACCUCUGAAUCAAUUCACGUUCUCAUUCAAAAAUCAAGUGUCUUAAGUCUUGCCUAUUUUUCUGUAUACUAUGCAAUGGAGGUGGGUGUAUUUUAAAACCUAUUUCUGAAUGAUGUUUUUAUACAAUGACUGAUUGUGAAUGAGUGAGUAAUUCUAAAAAUGGUGUAAGAAAAAGCACUUAUUUGUAAAUACUGUAAGAUUUUUGAAGAAAAAAUAGCCCAAAACCUUCCCUUCAGCACUUUGCCUUUCUUGUCUAAUUGCUGCAUCAAAGUGUGAUAAACAGUGUUUGAGGCUUGUGCUGAUUAAUUAUCAGAAAGACAAAUGAUAACAUUGUUUAGAAAUGGCAAAGUUGUCAGCAUGUAAAUUAAGGACAUUAAAUGCAUCACACAAGAUGA